AGCAGAGAAGGAAAUUAAAAUUAUUAAAAAUUUAAAUUAGAAAAAAUCAACAAAGUGCUCUUGGUGCUUUGGAUUCACCUAGAAGAAAUGAGACACCCCUGGGUAUUAACUGAGAAUGAGGUACACUUUUUUGUCUUUGAAUUUUAUCUGGCUCUGACAGGUGAAUCUAGUGGGCAUAUCACUGUGACCUCCAAAACAGUUAGAAGAUAUUUUCAAAGAGAGUGAAUGAACUCAUGACCUUUAUGUCGAUGUAACAUGAAAAUGUGUUAAGAGUCUUCACUGAUGAGGAAUUGGCGGAUAUUGUAACCAAUCCAGAAGAGAAUCCAAAGAAAGUAGAAAUAUUGAUAAUCUUUAAAUGUGUCAACGGGGGCAAAAUUGGGUUUAGUUUGGACCCCUACUGGACAAAGCAUUCAGUAUGUGUGUCCCUGACCAGCAAUUUACAAAGGGCUGUCAAAGAGCUCAAAGACCAUGGAAGGCCAGACCAGGUAACCUGGAGGGGAGUGUCCUCAAGACAGAGCACUGUGUCAGUGGAAAGGUUCGCGUUCUUGUUUGUACUAGACUGUUGAGGGCCAGGAGAAAGAGUUCCCUCGUAAAGAGGGUCCAGUGCAGUCAACAGGGAGACCAGGUUUCUGUCAUGGAUGUUUCCAGGCCAGUCCUGAGCAGGGCACAGUGACACCAGCGACACCAGUGACAUCAUAAUGUCGGAGGUGUCAUAUAAGCAGCUCCCUGACCAGUGAGGGGCACACUUGGUAGUAGGAGUCGGCGCCGACAUCCUGCCACCCUCGGGCCAGCGGGACGGUCAGGCUGGGCCGAUCGGGUUCCAACCCAGCACGCGGCAUGUCUGGGAGGCGCCGCCGCCGGCACCGUCGCAGACGGAGGAGGCACGCGGUGUCCCGCUCCAGGAGAGCCGAGCUGCAAUUCCCGGUCAGCCGCGUGGAGCGUCUCCUGCGAGAGGGUCGCUACGCCCCGCGCCUGAGCGCGUCCACCCCGGUCUUCCUGACCGCCGUUCUCGAGUACCUGACGGCCAACAUCCUGGAGCUGGCGGGCAAGGAGGCUCUGGACAGCCACAAGAUGCGCAUCACCCCGGAGCACGUGCAGCGAGCCCUGGGCAGCAACCAGCACCUCAGGGGUCUCCUCGAGAACAGCACCUCCCCUCGGGUGGAUGGGAUGCCCCAAGUUCGGAAGUGGUGA